UCAUUUCUUCUCAGAACCAACCGAACUCCCACAAGCAAAACACAGAGCAGCAGCAGCGCCACCUCCGCCGCAGUCAUGGGUCGUAUGCACAGCCGCGGUAAGGGUAUUUCCGCAUCAGCUCUCCCCUACAAGAGAACUCCCCCAAGCUGGUUGAAAAUCUCAUCUCAAGAUGUCGAUGAGAACAUCUGCAAGUUCGCAAAGAAGGGAAUGACUCCGUCGCAGAUCGGAGUUAUUCUCCGUGAUUCUCAUGGUAUUGCUCAGGUGAAGAGUGUCACCGGAAGCAAGAUCCUUCGCAUCCUCAAGGCUCACGGGCUUGCACCUGAGAUUCCGGAGGAUUUGUACCACUUGAUUAAGAAAGCUGUUGCGAUAAGGAAGCAUUUGGAGAGGAACAGGAAGGACAAGGACUCCAAGUUCCGGUUGAUUUUGGUGGAGAGCAGGAUUCACCGCCUUGCUCGUUACUACAAGAAGACCAAGAAGCUACCACCAGUCUGGAAGUACGAGUCAACUACUGCUAGCACUCUCGUGGCAUAAGCUUGUGAAUUGCCUAGAGGAGUUUUGGCUGAGCAGCGGAGAUAGACUCCAUAAUCAACUUAAGGGCAAAUUACUGAAUUUUGGCAAGAUUAUAUUUAUUUUAGAAUUUUGUUAUUUGAGUUGACGACUUUUUUACUUCAUAAGAUAUUGAUGGCAAUUUCCGAGAUCCCAAUCGCUCUUGCGAUUUUCUUUAUAAUGUUUUAGCUGCUGUUAGACUGGUUGAUCCUGAAAUUUGUUAUCAAGCUUUUUCAUUAAGGUUUUGGUUAACUUUGAUUGC